AGCGAAGCAGUGCUUCGCACAGCGACUGCUAGAGAUUUGAAGAUGGACCUCCACAUUCACUGGAUGCCGAGAGGCGUGGGAGCGUCUGCUUUUGACGAGGUGAUGGUCUGGCCAGCGACCACAGAGCCGUUGUUGUUAAGGGAUGAACUUAUCGUAGCAGCUUUAGCUUAUAUUUAUAAAUAUUUAUAUUUUUUCCCAGGAGUUCUUUCGUCAACGGUGAGAGCAAAAUGACAGGGCACAACUAAGUAGUUGCAUAGACAUCAUGCGUUGCUAAUCAAGUAGAUGCCAACUCGUUGUCACCGCCGCCAGUAACUUCUUAGAUUCGUCCCCUCUAACCCCAGCUCCCGGCGAAGACGUCGACCUUCUGACAAUGUCGCCCCACGUUAUACAUUGCGACUUGCUGAAUGACUACCUGACGGCGGACAGUAUCACGGUGGCGAAGUUACUCUACGUCCCGAUCAACCCAGUUUAUCCACCACCAAUACGUUCUAGACCUCGACCCCUGGCCUUACAGAUGUUGACUGAUCUCAGCUUGCGAGAGAAGAUAUUGCAUGGGAAGGCUGUCGCUGGAGAUGGAGACAAAGGCCAACGGGAUGAUCGAGAAAGUGAG